ACUUCAAAAUCACAUGACAUUCCAAAAUGGCGAACGGAAUGAUGCUGUCGGUAUUUGUGUGUUUGGCUGCUCUAUCUGGCUGUUUAGCUGUGACACCGGUCGUCAUAUGGCAUGGCAUGGGGGACAGCUGCUGUAACCCAGAGAGCAUGGGUAGCAUUAAAAAAAUUAUUGAGAAGGAGGUCAAAGGCGUGUAUGUCAACAGUCUGAUGAUCGGCAGCAACAUCGCAGCGGACACAACCAAUGGCUUCUUUAUGAAUGCUAACGACCAGAUUACUUUGGCCUGCUCCCUGAUCGCCAAGGAUUCCAAACUCCAGAACGGAUACCAUUCCAUUGGAUUUUCUCAAGGUGGACAGUUCUUACGAGCAGUUGCUCAGCGUUGCCCAAACCCGCCCAUGCUGAACCUGGUUUCUGUAGGAGGUCAACACCAGGGUGUGUUUGGGUUCCCAAAGUGUCCAGGAAAUAAUAGCGUUGUGUGUGAUGAAGUCAGAAAACUCCUUAACUUAGGGGCUUAUGUGAGCUUUGUCCAGAACAAUUUGGUACAGGCCGAGUACUGGCAGGAUCCCUUUAACGAGGACGAGUACAAACAGUACAGCGUGUUCCUGGCCGAUAUCAACCAGGAGAGGACAAAGAACGCCACCUACAAGGCUAAUCUUCAGAAGUUAAAGAACUUUGUGAUGCUUAAGUUCACUGAGGAUACCAUGGUUCAGCCCAAGGAGAGUGAGUGGUUCGGAUUCUACAAACCAGGCCAAGACAAGGAAGUUGUCUCCCUUAAUAAUUCUCAACUGUACACAGAGGACUGGCUUGGCCUGAAGGCUAUGGCUGCUACGAACCGCCUCCACUUCCUUAGUUACCCUGGCGACCAUCUCCAGUUCACAGAGGAGUGGUUCAUCGCCAAUAUCGUCAAACCUUUCCUCUCACAGUAGACAACCAGGGAGAAUUCCCAUGACAACAGUAGCAGAGCUCGAAAUGUUUUCAGAGGUGUCCAGGCCAAGCUUGUCAUCACAUAGUGUUAAACUUAACUCAAUGAUGCUUUAAUUACCAAUAAUCAUUUUAGAUCGUUACAAAAUGAUGUAAGACAAUGGCUUCUUUUGCUGUUAAAACGGUCAGCAUAGAUGGAAAAAUCAUAUGGGCGACAGAGUCUGCCCAUGGUCAACCUUAAGUUUGGUGGAAUAUUAUAAGGAUUCGUUAAAAAGAAUGAUUAGAGAAAAACAAAGUUAAGGUAUGUUGAUUACAGGAAUUCUAAUAUUAUAUUUUUAAAGAAAAUUAUGAAACAUAAUUUUUUGUAAUCAUUAGGAAAAUAUAUUAUUCUUGUCAAUAUUAAAUCGUAUAAAAUAAUUAAAAUCAGUAAAUUUAUAGCUCACUUGAAACCAUGGUUAAACAAAGGUACACAGAUCCAUGACAGAAGCAUUGUUGGUUAUAGUUGUACAUUCCAAAUAUAUACUUUGAAAAGUAGUUGUGGAUCAUUUCAAUUAUUUAUUGUGCGUGUAUAUUUACUGUGAUUGUCUCAAAGGUCUGGCAAUGGAAGGGAGACAACCCACUGAGACAGGGAUGAAUAAAAAACAAUGAUAGUCAUGUGUACCGAGUGUAUGGAAAUCAGAUUUGAGAUGAUUUUGGAAAUGUCCUGCGUUUUAGAUGGUAAAAGAUAAUGAUAUAGCUGAUAAACAACUGACCAACUACUAAGUUUAAAGUGUUAUUCAAGUAACACUCCAAUAAACAUCUUUGUUGAUAUUAUUUUUUUCAGUACUCCUUUGCAUACCAUAUAGUUACUGUCAGAUCAGAUUACCACAGAAUUCCUAUAAACACACGUAUACAAGAGAAGAUUUCCCCCCUUUAAACCAUGUUUUUUUGUUUCAUCAGGCCCGACCACCCAUCAUACAGUUUGGGGUCUGUAUGCAUCUGAAAAGUUGAGCAGAGUUUUGAAAUGAAAAUCUGAAUAAUCCUGGCACAUUAAUAAAGAACUAUCGCAUUUUAUGUAGAAAAAAAAUAACAAGAAAGAAAAAGGCAGUCUAUGCAAUGCAUUUGUAUAUUAUGAUAUUAUAGUAAGUGGAAUGUUUACCUUGUUGUAUUUAAAUGUGUUGAUUAAUUAUGAUAUGUAUUAUUGGAAGGAGUUUGAGACUCGGGAGAGAAGUGUCUUGAGAUUAUUAUGAAAUGUUUGUAUGUACAUUGCAAUCCGUGAUUUUUUGUAAUAAAUUUUGAUUUCUUAUGAU